AUGUCGCGUCCUGGAAAAGCUCGCACGAAGCUUGAAAUUCAUCAAGAACGGACGAUUUUCUCCCAAAAGAGCGAAAUCGCGAGGUUGAGAAAGGCCUUACGCGUUUUCUUGGCUGAGGCUGAGGGAUCUGAAGACGAAGAUGACUCUUCUUCGGAUUCUGAGGCUACGUCGAUUGCUUCGGAUGAAGACGUGAAAAAAGAGGAGGGGGAGGAGGGAGAAGACUCUGACGAUUCUGACGACUCCCUGCCGACACCCAUUUACAACACUCAGAACGAAAGUUGGGAUGAUGACUAUACCCCCCGCUGUGUUGAAUGCCACGGAGAGGUCGUCGAGGGACAUUGCGCGUGCUGCGACAAAGAGCAUGGCUGGGACCCGAAGCUGUACGAAGUAUCCCACUCCACGGAGUCCCAUGCAAUUAGCACCUCCAGGAGUCGCGCGCCACGAAGCACGACGCCAUUACUACGCAGGUCUAAAAUCAAGGUAGCUCAACCUCCCAACGUCUACCUCCGUCGCAUGGACGAGUACACUCAGCUCCUCCGACGAGGCGCUACCCGUCUCAUGUGCGAAACGUUCCAUCUCGAAUUCACCAAAGAAGACGGAAUCUUCGCCUGGGCCGACCAGAACCUAUAUGAGGAAUUUUCAGGGCCGCUCAUGCAGCCUGGGGAUUUUUGGAAGAUCCACCUGGGUGGCCGAAUCGAGUUGGAUGAAGAUGACCUCGACGGGGCGCAGUUUCUUGAAGAGUUAUUAGAGGACGCACUAUAUUUCGCGAACCACUUGAUACCAUGGGAGACUGUGGAGGAGACUCCGGGAAUCUGGGUGACGCGGUUGGCGAAGAAGGGUUCGAUGGCUAAGAUGCUGGAAGAUUCGGAGGCGAUUGAAUUGAAAUCGGACGAUUCAGAGGGGAGUGACGAGGAACUUGAGGAUGAACAGGCAAAGUUGAAAGACGUUCAGCCUGGACCUAUUCGGGAUUUGGAAGAGUAUGACAAGGAGGGUGAUGAGGUGGAGGAGGAUUUCGAAGAUGAAACGUCCGACAUGCUCCUGGACGAUCCUGGGUGGGCUACAAGGGCGAACAUUUGCGAUUCGGGAUAUCCGAGUGACUCGGAAAUGGACGAGGAAGAGGACGACAACACUCUUCCUGAUGUGGCUCUCGCGGGCGAAGCCACGGCUGACGACGUGGAAUUUGUCCAGUCGGAUUGCGAUAGUGACUUUGAUUCUGACACUUGA